ACAGCUAUAAAGGCAGCUGCGGCCACAGAGCAGCCACUGGGCUGAGCGCCCCUCCUGGGAACCCCCUCCCUUGAAUGCUCUUUGAAGUGGGAGAGGGAGGCAGCCGGGGAAGCAGGACGAGAGACAGGCAGAGCCCGCACAUCUCUGCCCUCAUCUGCCUGCGCGGUGCACCUGGCAGCUAGCUCUCACCCCUUUCUCUGGGAGGACAACCUGCUGACCCUGGGUGAGCAGGGCCUGAUCUGGUAGUGACGGUGGUCUUGCUUCAUAGGAUGGACGGCAGAUGGCAAAAUUCACACUGGGCUUGGUCUUUGCUGGCCAUGGCAGUUGUGGCUGGGGGUACGGCAUCUACUGAGGCCUCGCCCCACAUCCAACAGCCUGGAGGGGGGUGCUGAUGCCACUGCCUACUGGUGGGGGGAGUGGACCAAGUGGACAGCCUGCUCCCGAAGCUGUGGGGGCGGGGUGACAUCCCAGGAGCGCCACUGCCUGCAACAGAGGAGGAAGUCUGUUCCAGGAGCAGGGAACAGGACCUGUGUGGGCACGUCCAAACGGUACCAGCUCUGCAGAAUGCAGGUGAGGCCAGAUGCCCAAAGCUCCGAGGUCUUGGUCUUGCCCCUAGACCUCGGACAUCCUGUUGCUGACACUAUCCUCUCAGGGAGAGUCCCGCGUAAGCUGGCUGAUGCCCAGGCUCACACUGAGCCCUUCAUGCCUCAGAUGUUGCUUGUUCUGUUCCCUGCAUGUUGGAUGUGGUAGGUUGGCUUGGAUUCCCACCUGAUCCUGGAAAUCUAAGUGCAGCUUCAGAAGCUGGGGUUUCCCACCACAGUCCAAUCUGCCUUGGACAUUUGCACACCAGGAAGCCACAACAGCUAUCCCUUCUUCCCACCUAUGAAGCAGUCUUGCUGGGCAGCUACCCCAGGCCUCUCGCCUCAGCUCUUAGGUGUGCCUGUGUGCACUGUUUCAUUAGCCUUGGCUGGACACCAAGGUGGCAGAGGCUUGGGAGGAGGCAUUGAUUCUGCCCGGGGCUCCGAGGAGCACUCUCUGUGGGACCAAAGUCUGUCUGAAACCUGGCUGCCUAUCCAAGAGCCACCAGGGUGUGGUGGUGGAGGUGCCAGCUCUGCCAGUCUUACUUGGCUUGUCCAGCUGAGCUGUUGGAAGUCUGUCUUUGUGAGUGCCCAUGUGGGGUGUGAGAGCUGAAGGGAAGUUAGCUGCCAAGGCCAGUCAUGGAGUCAGGGUUUGGUGGACAUUCGGGAGCUCCUGAAGGAGGCAGACACUAACCUAGCUUGGACUCCAGCUCCACCGUGGGCAAUUGCCUCCUGUAGCCCCAAGGUUCUUCUUAGAGCCCCCUCCUUCUGAUUCAGUCCCUAUACGUAGCUAUCAAGUGCACUGGAUUAGUUGCAGGCACUUAGUGCACACGUGUGUACACAUGUGCAGGUAUGCACAUGCUGACAGGGUCUGCCAGAGGAUGGGGGUGUGGGCAGGGCCAGCAGUGUCCCAUCUAUUCCACAGUAUGGCUGAAAAGUUCAGGGUGAUAUCCAGGGUAUUAGGAAGGCUGAUACCCAGCAGUAUUGGAGGAAUAGUCACUGGCCCUUCUGAGUAGUUGAAAGUGAGGGGAAUGGAGGCUGGGAGCAGGGGCAACAUGGACUACGGCCCCCAAGGGUCAUCUGGUUGUAGCCACUUCCUGCUCAGCUCCUCCUGGAGCUUCUGCGCCUUCUUCUUCCAGGAGUGUCCACCGGAUGGGAGGAGCUUCCGUGAAGAGCAGUGUGUCUCCUUCAACUCCCGUGUGUAUGAUGGCCGGGCAUACCAAUGGAAGCCUCUCUACCCGGAUGACUACGUCCACAUCUCCAGUAAGCCAUGCGAUCUGCACUGUACCACUGUGGAUGGCCAGAGGCAGCUCAUGGUGCCCGCCCGCGAUGGCACUUCCUGCAAGCUCACUGACCUGAGAGGGGUUUGCGUGUCUGGAAAAUGUGAGCCCAUUGGCUGUGACGGAGUGCUCUUCUCCACCCACACACUGGACAAGUGCGGCGUCUGCCAGGGGGACGGGAGCAGCUGCACCCACGUGACAGGAAACUACCGAAAGGGCAACAAUCAUCUUGGUUACUCUUUGGUGACCCAUAUCCCAGCUGGUGCCCGAGACAUCCAGAUUGUGGAGAGGAAGAAGUCAGCAGACGUGCUGGCUCUCGCAGAUGAAGCUGGCUUCUACUUCUUCAAUGGCAACUACAAGGUGGACAGCCCCAAGAACUUCAACAUUGCUGGUACAGUGGUCAAGUACCGCCGGCCCAUGGAUGUCUAUGAGACUGGCAUUGAGUACAUUGUGGCACAGGGACCCACCAACCAGGGCUUGAAUGUCAUGGUGUGGAACCAGAAUGGCAAAAGCCCUUCCAUCACCUUUGAGUACACGUUGCUCCAGCCACCACACAUGCACCACCUGCAGCCUGUCUAUUACAGCUUCUCCGAGCCCGCCUCCGAGAGCACAGAGAGCACCGAGGGCCAGGAGCUGGACAGUGCCAGGCUGCUGGGCUUCAUGCAGCAUAAUGGCUCCCUCUACCACCAAGCCUCCUCGGAGAGGCUGGGCCUGAACAACCAGCUCUUUCAGCCUCCAGCCCCUGAAGUCGAGCGGGGUCCCAGCAGAGGCCAGGAGACCAACGAGGUGUGCGAGAGAGCCAGCGGUGGGGUCUGUGAGGGACCCCCUAGGGGCAAGGGCUUCCAAGACCGCAAUGCCACUGGGAUAGCCCUCUCAGGGGACAAGGAUGACCGGGAGGUUGAUGCGCGUUUCACCUCCCAGGAGCUUCUCUCAGCCAACGCCAUCUCUGAUCAGCUCUUGGGCACGGGCUCAGACUCCGAAGAGUUCUCUCUCAAUGAGACCAUGAACAGCAUCUUUGCCCAGGGUGCCUCAAGAAGCUCCCCAGCUGAGAGCCUCUAUGUUGAUUAUGAGGAGAACGAGGGGCCUGCUGCCUACUUGGUCAACGGGUCUUACCUGGAGCUGAGCAGUGACAGGAUCAACACCACCUCCUCUGAAGCCCCAUUCCCCAACACCAGCGCCAGCCUCCCCACCUUGGCUGGGAACAGGACUCACAAGGCUAGGACCAGACCCAAGGCACGCAAGCAAGGCGUGAGCCCAGCUGACAUGUACAGGUGGAAGCUCUCAUCCCAUGAGCCCUGCAGUGCCACAUGUACCACAGGAGUCAUGUCCACAUAUGCCAUGUGUGUUCGCUAUGAUGGUGUUGAGGUGGAUGACAGCUACUGUGAUGCCCUGACCCGUCCUGAGCCUGUCCACGAAUUCUGCGCUGGGAGGGAGUGCCAGCCCAGGUGGGAGACCAGCAGCUGGAGCGAGUGCUCACGCACCUGUGGUGAGGGCCAUCAGUUCCGCAUCGUGCGCUGCUGGAAGAUGCUGUCCCCUGGCUUUGACAGCUCCGUGUACAGUGACCUGUGCGAAGCCACAGAGGCCGUACGGCCCGAGGAGCGCAAGACGUGCCGCAACCCGGCCUGUGGGCCACAGUGGGAGAUGUCUGAGUGGUCGGAGUGCACGGCCAAGUGUGGAGAACGCAGUGUAGUGACCAGAGACAUCCGUUGUUCUGAGGACGAGAAGCUGUGUGACCCCAGCACCAGGCCUGUGGGAGAGAAGAACUGCACAGGGCCUCCCUGUGACCGCCAAUGGACCGUCUCAGACUGGGGACCGUGCAGCGGAAGCUGUGGGCAGGGCCGUACGAUCAGGCACGUGUACUGUAAGACCAGCGAUGGACGGGUGGUCCCAGAGUCUCAGUGCCAGAUGGAGACGAAGCCUCUGGCCAUUCACCCCUGUGGGGACAAGAACUGCCCAGCCCACUGGCUGGCCCAAGACUGGGAGCGGUGCAACACUACCUGUGGACGUGGUGUGAAAAAGCGGUUGGUUCUCUGCAUGGAGCUGGCCAAUGGGAAGCCUCAGAUGCGCAGUGCCCCUGAGUGUGGGUUAUCCAGGAAGCCCCCUGAGGAGAGCACGUGCUUCGAAAGACCUUGCUUCAAGUGGUACACCAGCCCCUGGUCAGAGUGCACCAAGACGUGUGGGGUAGGUGUGAGGAUGCGAGAUGUGAAGUGUUAUCAGGGAACUGACAUUGUCCGAGGAUGUGACCCACUGGUGAAGCCUGUCGGCAGACAGGCCUGUGACCUGCAGCCAUGUCCCACAGAGCCCCCAGGUGAGAAGAAAGAGGCUGGGCACAGGUUAGAGACUGGUGGGAGUUGUGGGCAGAGCCAGGGUCUGGAGGACCAACAGGCAUUAGUUAAGGGAAGCAGCUGCAGAGACACACAGGCGUGUCUUCAGGAGAGGUCUUCUCUAAGGGGGAGGGCCUAGCUGGGGCUUAGGGAAUUCAUGCAGAGACCUAUAAAAAAGAGUCUUGGAAAAAGCACUGACCUAAAAUGUGGUUGGGGGAAGCUGUGAGACCAGGGACCAAGAUGACCUGGCCUGAGCAGCAGGUGCUGACUCUCAGGAGGCAGGGAGGUAGGAGCUAGGCAUGGUCUCUGGCCUGGGCUAAUAGACAAGGUCCAGUCUCCAAAGUGGAUGCCAAAUGUAGGGGAAGGUGAAUUCUAUUUUGGGAAUACUGAGGCAAGGAUAGAGGGACCCACAGGCCCUGGAAGGGUUUGGACUUUUCAGAGGAGCUCGGGGACCUCUUCCAAAUCCUAGGGUUUUACCCCCGAAGUGAUCAGAUCAAACUACCUAGUGGGAUCCAUGUUUUCCUGGAGAGGGACUUGCAUUAGGAAAGGGCUAGCUGGGACAAAGAACUGGAGAUCUGUAGUAGGUGGGGUGCUCUGGACCUGCGGGGGGGGGCUCAUCUGUUGACCUGUUCAUAGUGUGACUGUGGGAGCCCUUCGUGAGCCCCUGCCUUUGGGAAGAUACUGUGGCAAGAGUUGGGGACCCUGGGAGCUGUUCCCCUUGGGCCUCCUGGCAUUUCAUCCUUCCUUUUGCAUUGUGUCCC